AUGAUUGAGCUUUUGUUGUGCUCCACCCUUGUGAAAACUGGCCUUCCGGAGAGCUUCAUAAUUGGCGGGAAUCCCGCACCGGACUAUGAAACAUCCGUGGCUGCAAUUGUCAGCUUCCAGGAGCAUCAAGCAACCUUUGGAUUCCUCUUCACGGGCAGCCUCAUCACCAAUCAACACAUCCUGACUGUAGCUCAGGCAAUUCAAGGUUAUGUGAACUGGCACGUGGGUCUGGGUAGUGUUGAUCGGGAUGCAAUGCAGUACUUUGAGUCAAGCACUGUUCACAUUCACGACCAAUACAAUCCGCAGUUCUUGCAGAAUAACAUCGGAAUCAUCGUCCUCCACGAGGCUAUUCCACCCAUUGUCGCCUUGCCCAUGACCCUGCCACCGGAACAUCCCACCCUCAGCCCAAUGUACAGAUACUACGGAUUCGGCCUCACGGAUCCCAAUGAUUUCGGUUCAGCUGCCUAUAGGCUAAAGUAUGGAUUCACGAGCCAGGUGAGUCUGGAGGAAUGCAGAAAUAUCUUCGGUAGCCUCCUCAUUACGAAUGGCACAUGGUGUGGCCAGCAAUUCAACACUGGGCUCUGUCAUGGGGAUCAAGGAGGACCAAUGAUUCACUUUUUUGAUAAUCACCUCGUUGCCAUUGGGAGUCAUUGGAUGGAUCCCUGCCACGGAGGAUUCCCCGAUGUCUUUGUCAACGUCUCGUACUAUCUAUCGUGGAUUUAUCAAAUCAUCAAUGCACCCAUUCCAGUCGAAGGUCUCUGA